CCGCGCUCAGUCUUCCAGUGGCGCGCGGGUGUGGUGAGGGGCGCUGCCGGUCCUCGUCGAGAUACGCGGAUACACUGUCCUGCUGAAGGGCCGCGGAACGUCGCCAUGGGACGCAAGCAGCUCUUCGAUGGGCCGACCAAGCGAGACAUCUGCAUGGGCUGUGCGCUGGUCACCGGCCUUCUGUUCCUCGUCUUCGGUGUCCUCGUUGUGAUAUACAUGCAGGCGCACGUAGACGCCUAUAUCAAUAAGAUGUUAGCCUUCAGUGAAGACUCGCCCACUUUUCAUGCGUGGAAAGAUCCGCCAGUACAGAUCAAGCAGAGUGUGUAUUUUUUCAACCUCACCAACAAGGAGGAGUUCCUGAACGGCACGGCUAAGCCAAGGGUGCAGCAGGUCGGGCCUUACGUCAUUGGCCAGAAGUGGGAGCGGCGCAAUAUCACGUUCCACCCGAACGGCACGUUGUCUGCACGGCUCUUCACCAAGCUGUUCUUCAUUCGGGAGGACUCGUCCGGACCGGAGACGGACCUCAUCACCACGCUCAACGUACCCAUGAUUUCGGCAGCAGAGAAGGCGCGCUUCCAGCCGCUGACGGCGCGGCUGACCACCUCCUCCCUGCUGGAGGUGCUCGAGGAGACGCCCAUCAUCACCAGGUCGGUGCACCAGCUGGUGUACGGCUACCGGGACCCGCUGCUCAAGCUGGCCAAGGACAUCCAGCCGCCCGGCCAGAGUCUGCCCUACGAGAGCUUCGGAUACUUUGUCGGGAUGUUAGCCUUCAGUGAAGACUCGCCCACUUUUCAUGCGUGGAAAGAUCCGCCAGUACAGAUCAAGCAGAGUGUGUAUUUUUUCAACCUCACCAACAAGGAGGAGUUCCUGAACGGCACGGCUAAGCCAAGGGUGCAGCAGGUCGGGCCUUACGUCAUUGGCCAGAAGUGGGAGCGGCGCAAUAUCACGUUCCACCCGAACGGCACGUUGUCUGCACGGCUCUUCACCAAGCUGUUCUUCAUUCGGGAGGACUCGUCCGGACCGGAGACGGACCUCAUCACCACGCUCAACGUACCCAUGAUUUCGGCAGCAGAGAAGGCGCGCUUCCAGCCGCUGACGGCGCGGCUGACCACCUCCUCCCUGCUGGAGGUGCUCGAGGAGACGCCCAUCAUCACCAGGUCGGUGCACCAGCUGGUGUACGGCUACCGGGACCCGCUGCUCAAGCUGGCCAAGGACAUCCAGCCGCCCGGCCAGAGUCUGCCCUACGAGAGCUUCGGAUACUUUGUCGGGAAGAACAACUCGGUCGAGAAGACCAUGCUCAUCAACACGGGCCAGUCGGACUGGCGGCGCAUCGGCAUGAUCGAACGCUACGACGGCUCGCGCACGCUGCCCUUCUGGAACACCCGACAGUGCAACAUGGUGAACGGCAGCGACGGCACCGUCUACCCGCCGGGCGGCGAUGAGAACACCACCGUCUACCUGUUCGCCCGCGACAUCUGCCGCAGCAUGCCGCUGCUGUUCGAGAAGCACGUGAUGCACAGCGGCGUGCGCACGCUGCGUUACACGCCACCCGAGGACGUGUUCGACAGCGUCGACACCAAGCCGGAGAACAUGUGCUACUGCGUCGGCGGCCCGCCCUGCGCGCCCAAGGGCCUCUUCAACAUAUCAGUGUGCCAGUACGGAUCUCCGACGUUCAUAUCAUUCCCUCACUUCUACCUGGCCGACCCGUCCAUUCCCGCCAAGGUGGACGGCCUGGCGCCCAGUAAAGAGAAGCACCAGUUCUUCGUGGACAUUGUGCCGCGCGUGGGUGUAUCGAUGAAGGCCAAGAUCCGCGUGCAGAUCAACUUCAAGAUCGGCCCGGUUCCGGACGUCCUGUACACACAGAACCUCCCCGACAUGUUCUUCCCCGUCCUCUGGAUGGAAGCGGUACAGCCUGUGAACUACUACGCCCUGCCUGGCAAGCGGCUAGGCUUGGAGCUGUUCGUUGCCAGCAGCGGCCACCUCUACGUGAGACGGAACUGCUCGAGCAAGGGCGUCUGCCACCUGCACUCGGCCCAGGUCCUGGGACUCAUACCGGCCGCCGCCCCGGAAUACCGCGACAACUUCGUCUUCGGCUUUGGCGGCGGGAGUGGCAAGGUGGCGGUCGGUUUUGCGUCAGCCCAGGUGAUUGCGGCGAUGCGGGAGCGCACGUCUGGAGCCAUGCAGUUCGAUACGACGCUCACGGCGGCGCCGAAGGCCGUUGGCUUCGACCACCUGCUGGUGCUGUUCGCCGAGGUGGACAACUGGACGCGGCCGGUCUUGUUCGUGCUGCUGAGCGGCCGGUCGUGCCGGCUGUACGGCAGCGUGCUGCGGCUGGUGAAGCGGACCGUCGCGCGGCGUCUGACGCCCGCCGCGCUGCUCACCGACGGCGACCUGCCCCUCUGCGCGGCGGUGGCCGCAGCCUGGCCGGACGCCAGGCGGGCGGUCGGAUACCCACACUACUGUCGUGCCGUCUACGGACAGCUGCGCCGACAGGGCCUAUCGGCGGCGUUCCGGGAGGUGUCGGCCGUGCGGGAGUGGCUCGGCGGGCUGCUGGCGGCGCCGCUGCUGCCGGCCGACCGGCUAGAGCACGCCAUCCAGCUGCACCUCACGCACGCGCCUCCCCAUGUGAUAGCCUCUGUGGACCAAGACAUGGGGCGAGGCGUGAGCACGCGCAGGCGGCAGCGCGGCCCGAACCUGCAGCCGCUAUUGCGGCGGUGGUCGGCCGACUUGGCCGCCGGCCGCACCACGAUGCGCACGUACCUGCAGGCGACGCUGCGCACCAAUGGCCACAGCGGUUACAUGAGACGCUAG